GUGAUUGUCCCUGCUGCCGGGUGGGUCGGGACGCCAGACUUUCUGUGCCCCGGCGGAGUUAGGGGCACUGAUGCAGUUUCUGCUCGGUGACCAUGGCGGUGUUUCACGACGAGGUGGAGAUCGAGGACUUUCAAUAUGACGAGGACUCGGAGACUUAUUUCUACCCCUGUCCCUGUGGGGAUAACUUCUCCAUCACCAAGGAAGACUUGGAGAAUGGAGAAGACGUGGCAACGUGUCCUAGCUGCUCUCUCAUUAUAAAAGUGAUUUAUGACAAAGAUCAGUUUAUGUCUGGAGAAACAGUCCCAGCACCUUCAACCAACAAAGAGUUAGUUAAAUGCUAAAGAAGCCCUCAGGGACCCACAUCCUGGGCAGCAGGCAAUGAGCCCAGGUGAACGGAUCAAGCGCUGAGUGAGCCCCCUCUCCACAGGACAACUCUCUGGGGCUUGCUCUUCCGAGGGUGGGCAUCAUCAUCAGCUGCUGAAUUCUUCAUAAGAAAUGAGCCCGUGACGUCAGCCCUGGAUUUCGUGCUUACACGGCAUUAGAAGGAUUCCUGAUUGUCCAUCUGAAUUUAAAGGAAGAGCCUUAUGAUCUGGCACUUUUUCUUUCUCCUGGUUGCACCAUUUGAACAUCUUAAAACUAACUCAUUUUUCUGAAAACAACAUUAUCCACUUCAA